CGGUAUCCCAGCAGGCAGUGCAGCCGGCGACGUCGACAAAGGACCAGAGCCGCGUUCGCAGCUGUUUUCCGAGGAGCUGGUGUGCUAAGAUUGCCAAAAUGCUCUGGAGUUUUUAACUGACGCUAAGGCAGACCCAGACUAGAUUUGGAGACUGUAAAAACAGGAGCUGCAGCCAGGGGGCCUCAGUGCCAAUGCAUCAACCAAAAAGACAACCAGAAUUAGUGGAAGGGUCCCUUCCUGUGUUUGUGUUUCCCACGGAGUUAAUCUUUUAUGCAGAUGAUCAGUCAACACAUAAGCAAGUGUUGACGCUUUAUAAUCCCUAUGAGUUUGCCUUAAAGUUCAAAGUUUUGUGUACUACUCCAAAUAAGUAUGUUGUCGUUGAUGCUGCAGGUGCAGUAAAGCCUCAGUGUUGUGUGGAUAUUGUGAUUCGUCAUCGAGACGUUCGCACCUGCCACUAUGGUGUAAUAGACAAAUUCCGGCUCCAGGUGUCCGAGCAAAGCCAGCGGAAGGCUUUAGGAAGGAAAGAGGUGGUUGCCACUCUUCUCCCAUCCGCAAAAGAACAACAAAAGGAAGAAGAAGAAAAAAGAAUAAAGGAAAGCUUAAUUUUUGAGCAGUCGAUUCAACCAGAAAACAAAGUAGUCUCCUCGGGCCCAAGCUUCCUCACUGUCUUCCUGGGAGUGGUAUGCAUUGCAGCCCUGAUGCUUCCUACACUGGGGGAUGUGGGAUCGCUGGUGCCUCUCUACCUCCACUUAAGUGUGAACCAGAAAUUAGUGGCUGCUUACAUUUUAGGUCUUAUCACAAUGGCUAUACUCAGAACAUGAGCGAGGGCCUCAGUUGACCUCUGAAGUGAUUUUUAUCUUCGAAACAUCAUGAAUGUGGACUGCCUUUUAUCUGUCUCACUCCAUUAACACGCGACAAACUAUUGAAUGAUUUCAAAUAAUUGCAAAUGGGAAUGCAUAUUUUAAAUUACUCUUAAUCGUUUUAUUUGGAGAAUUCCAACAGCUAUUUCUGAGGGACCCCCUCUGAAAUAAUUUGAAGAAAUAUUUUUUAUAUAUCUAUCUCAGCCUAAUGUGCAAAAAAUUUUAAUUCAGACACCUGUUCCUUUCUCUUUUUCCCGUCCACUUUGAUUAACCCUUCAAAGUUGAAGGCUGAGAAGAGCAAACUUGACCCACUGAAAAACAAAGUCAUGUCAAUUUCCUAGUUACCAGCAUUAAUGAUCUUCUGUAAACUAUGGCUUGUCCUCUGCCGUGAUAGGAGCCCUGGGGACACAGUGACUGCUAUGUAAAAGGGCGAUGGCUUGAACCUCCCAGGCCCUCCGCAGGAGAAAGAUGUGGCAACCGGUUUCCAUAAAGAGGGUUGUGCUGUUCCAUCAAAUCGGUUCUCACUCGGAGGGACAUGAUGUGCAGUGGAAUAAAGCACAAUGGUUCCAACUC